AUGCAUGAACAAACUUCAAUGAUGCAUGAAAUGCCAUCAAUGCCUGAAGAUAGGUGUUCAAUGAACAUGCUUUUCACAUGGGAUUGGCAUAAUGUGUGUAUAGUUUAUAAAUGGUGGCACAUUAAAACAUUUCCUGGAUUUGUUAUUUCAUUAAUUGCUGUAGCAGUCAUAUCAUCAUUUUAUGAACUUCUUAAAAAAUGGUUCAGUCAUUGGGAAAGAACUUCAAAUGCUCCAUUACCAAGAUUUAAAUUACAAAGAGCAUUAUUAUAUGGUUUACAAGUUUAUUAUUCAUUUUUAUUAAUGUUAGUUUUUAUGACUUAUAAUGGUUGGUAUAUGAUUUCAGUUGCUGUUGGAGCUGCAAUUGGUAAUUAUCUUUGGGGAGGAAUGACUGAAAGUUCAAGAAAUCUAUCAUGUCAUUAA